AUGAAGGUCACUACUCAGAACCUCUUGCUUUCGCUCGCGGCUUCUGCUCUCGCGGCGCCUGUCGAUAACCAAAAGCGUCAACUUGGCGGCGGUAGCGGGUCGCUGCCCUCGAUCUCUGGCAUUUCCUUGCCCUCUCUCAGCGGUGUUGCGCUGCCGACUGGCGGAGCUGGCGGCUCUUCUGGUGGACUAGGUGGACUCGGGGGAUCGUCAGGAGGAGGGCUGGGAGGUCUUGGAGGAUCGUCUGGAGGACUCGGUGGAUCUACUGGAGGUCUUGGAGGAUCCUCUGGCAGCAUCCCAGGUCUCGGUUCCUCAGGCGGUCUGGGAAGCUCUACAGGUGACCUGUCUGGUCUCGGCGGCUCUGGUUCCGGAUUGGACAUCCCGUCCAAAACACUGAAGAAGCGCCAGAGUCUCGGUGCAUUGACGACUGGUCUCCCCAGCGGCAGUGGAGGACUCGGUUCCGGGUCUGGUAGCAUCCCAGGUCUCGGCGGUUCAAGCUCUGGCAGCGGCAGUAUUCCCAGUCUUGGUGGCUCAUCAGGCUCUGGCAGUAUCCCAAGUCUCGGCGGAUCAUCAGGCUCUGGAAGUAUUCCCGGGCUCGGCGGUUCAUCGAGCUCUGGCAGCAUCCCAGGCCUUGGUUCUGGUUCUAGCGGACUUGGUGGUCUGGGGUCUGGCAGUUCCAGCAGCUCUGGCGGUGACUUGAGCUCUCUCGGUGGGCUCAGUUCCGGCAGCAGUCUCACACCAUCCACGACUUUGAAGGAGCGUCAGGACCUGGGCAGCUUCAGCGGAUUCGGUAGCUCUGCCAGCGGACUCUCUGGUCUUGGUGGACUGACCGGCAGUACUGGCAGCACUGGCUCUACAGACUCAUCGUCCGCUGCUGAUGGAGGCUGCAAAGCUCUGACUCUCAUCUUCGCCCGUGGCACUGGCGAGAUGGGUACAAUGGGCAGUGUGAUCGGCCCACCUCUCGCCAGCGCCCUUGAAAGCGCUCUCGGCGCGGACAAAGUCAGCUCGCAAGGAGUUGAUUACCCUGCUGAUGCUGGUGGUAACGCCAAUAUGGGCGCAUCAGGUGGCCCCGCCAUGGCAUCCCAAGCACAGGAAGUCUUCAGCUCCUGCCCGGACAGCAAGGUUGUCCUAUCGGGCUACUCACAGGGAGCCAUGGUCGUCCACAACGCCCUGUCAUCUCAAGGCCUGGAUGGAAGCAAGGUUGCGGCAGUCGUUGCUUUUGGUGACCCCCUCAACGGUCAAGAAUUCGAGGGUGUAGAUGCUGCUAAGACCAAGGAGUUCUGUGGAUCUGGAGAUUUCCUCUGCAGUGCUGGCGGUACUACUGGGUCGGGCUCUCAUUUGAGCUACACCGCAGAUGCUGAUGCAGCGGCUCAAUUCAUUGUGCAGGCUGUCGGUCUCUAG